GGCGCCCGGAGCGACGCGAUUUCUUGGUCCGGCCCCCUCGCUGUAUUAAGCCAAGCGCAGCGCAAGCGGGUUCCACUUCCUUGCUAGCUCCGAAAAUGGCUGCUGCUGGAGCGCUGCGAAGGUUACUGAAACCCUCGGCUACUUGGACGGCCGCUUUCUCUUGGAAGGCGUGUGGGGCUGCCGGAAGGCAUUUUGCGGCGCCUGCAGGCGGGCGGAAGUGUGUUGCGGGCGCGACUCCACCGUUUUCUCGGCUCCAUUUCAGUACUAGUCCCUCAAGAUUUGUUCCUGCUGUCACUCAGCAUGCUCCUUAUUUUAAAGGUACAGCUGUGGUUGAUGGGGAUUUCAAAGAAAUGAGCUUGGAUGACUUCAAAGGGAAAUACCUGGUUCUUUUCUUCUACCCUUUGGAUUUCACUUUCGUAUGCCCAACAGAAAUUAUUGCUUUCAGCGACAAAGCAAAUGAAUUCCAUGAUGUGAACUGUGAGGUUGUUGGUGUGUCUGUGGAUUCACACUUUUGUCACCUGGCUUGGAUAAAUACACCACGAAAGAAUGGUGGCUUGGGCCAUAUGAAUAUCCCUCUUCUUUCAGACAUAACAAAACAGAUCUCCCGAGAUUAUGGUGUGCUUUUGGAAGCCUCUGGCAUUGCAUUAAGGGGUCUAUUUGUCAUUGAUCCUAAUGGCAUCAUCAAGCAUUUGAGCAUCAAUGACCUCCCAGUUGGUCGCAGCGUAGAAGAAACACUUCGGCUGGUAAAAGCCUUCCAGUUUGUAGAAACACAUGGAGAAGUCUGCCCAGCAAAUUGGACUCCAAACUCUCCCACGAUCAAGCCAAGUCCAGAAGGAUCAAAGGAAUAUUUUGCAAAACUGAAUAAAUAAGGCCAUGAACAAGGAGUUAAUAAUAGUAUCUAUUUCUUCAACUGACAUCCUGUGAGAGCAAAUGAUUGUAAUAAACAUGCACAACUAUUUUAAGAUUUGUUGUGAUGUAAUGUUGCUGUAUUUUGCAGGAUUGCAUAAAAAAGUAAUCUUCAAGGCUCAA